AUGGAGCCUUCAAUACUAAGGUCACUGGCUCAGGCCGGCCGUAGCAGCAAGUCUUGGGCUCAGUCGACGCGGAUCAACCAUCAAUGUACUAGGACCUUCAGCAACAGCCCGCGAUGUGGAUUGAGGGAGCAAUCGAAGGGUGUGACGGCCGAGAACUCGACGUCGCAAGGACAGCCGGCGGCGAAUCUGAGUCAGGAGGUUACUGAGGAAGAGAAGAAUCACUAUGAUAAAGUAGUGGAGCACAGCAAGAAGAGCCAGAUGCGGUCGCCAUGGAUGCACGAGGGCAGCGACAAGCCUCCGGUUGCUAGGAUGAGGUCUGCUGGAGCUAUGGUCAAAGGUACCGAUGUCCAGUCGUUCGAUGUGAUACUGAGACUAACGCAAUGGACAGGCAAGCUUCUAACAACGCCCUCCCGCAUGCUCAAGCUCAUCCUCCCUCUCACCACCCGAGACGCCAACAAAGAUCGCAAGAACGUCGAACCUCUAGCUCUCCUCGUACACCCACAACAGCCUCUUAGCUAUCUCGAACGCCUAAUCCAAUCCGAGCUACCCGUCAUAAAGAACGACAAUGGAGAAGACAAGAUCCCAGCCGUCCACUUCCGCGCACAAGACCUAGGAGAAGAAGCCAUCAACCCAGACCGCCACGAACCCGACGAGGACUCUGAAGAAUACAAGUUCGAACACUCCGAAGACUUUAAGAUUGAUGGAAAGACCGAACGUACUGGAAAACUCAACGAGUCUGGAGAUAACGCCGUGAAGCCUGUUCAACCUGCCAAUCCUGUCAAGGAGCCCGACCCGGAGCACCCCGACUUUGUGCGUUGGUCACCCAGUACCGAGAUUGGCGAUUUCAUCAGAGAUGCCGCUCGUGGUAAAGAGUUCAGUGUUGAUAUCGAGGGUGCUCCUGAGCCCAUCUUUGUCGCUGUACCAUCCUUCGCCGACCGCACAUACUAUCUUCGCAUGCGCCUUCGCAAGACGGCCAAGCAGAUCUCCUCAUUGGCGGACAUCAAGACAGAGUGUGACAGAUUGGCCCACAAGAGUGCUCAACGUGUUGCUCAGGGAGGUUUCGCCGUCUUGGUCGGUUGGUGGGGCAGUGUCUACGUCCUCACUUUUCAGACUGAUCUCGGCUGGGAUGUUAUGGAGCCUGUCACCUAUCUCGUCGGUCUGUCUACUUUGAUUGGCGGUUACAUGUGGUUCUUGUACCACAACCGUGAAGUCAGCUACCGCUCUGCCAUGAACUUCACCGUCAGCAAGAGACAGGAUAAGCUUUACCAGGCCAAGGGGUUCGAUGUCUCGAAGUGGGACGCUCUUGUUGAGGAGGGUAACCGUCUGAGAAGAGAGAUCAAGAUGGUCGCCGAGGAGUACGAUGUUGAUUGGGAUGAAGCCAGAGAAGAGGGCGACGAGAAGGUCGCAAAGGCGCUGCGUGACGAGCGUAGAAAGAAGCAGAUCUCCAAGGACGGAGAGGAUGAAGAGGGCAAGAAGCGCAAGAAGUCAAAGGAGGAUGACGAAGACGAUGAUUGA